AUGGAUGCUGAAGUUGUCCCGAGCUAUGCGGCUGCCCGUAAGUUGCCAUUGUCGACACGCUGCGCCAGCUGGCCCUAUCCCACGUCUCCGGUAAAGAUGUAUCUGAUGCCUCAAUGGGAGUUCCUGGCUUCAGAGCCGGAUUUGUGGAAGCCCUUUGCAGCUGAGUCGUCCGACGAAGUCGAGCAGGCAUUCAAUUUAUGCCAAACACGCUUGAAAGUGACCAUCGGUCGGUACACAUACGACAUCGAUCUGGAGAACUUAGUGCAAACAAAUUGUCAAACACGCAGGAAGCGAGCCGUUCGCAGAGAAAUGGUACUGGACAUGCACGUGACCGUGCACGCAACACUAGCAGCUCAAGAGCAUGAGAUCCGUUCACAGCGGUCUCAGAUGGAACACAUGACGCAUGAGCUGGAACUGCAGGAUCUUCAGGCGCAGCACAUGAUGCUUGAUCUAGAGGAUCAGUGCCGUUUGCAGUCGACCCAGAUGCAGCAAUUGACGCAACAGUUGGCAUUACAAGAGCAGACGACGCAAGAGCUGGCUCUUGAGGAGGAUCUGCAGAAGUCUCAGAUGCAGCAAAUGACGCAGGAGCUGGCUUUACAAGAAGAUCUGCUGCAGCAGACCACACAAAACCUGGCAACAAGAGACCACCAGGUGAAUCAAAUGACGCAGGAGAUGGCUCUACAAGAAGAUCAGAUACAGCAAUUGACGCAAGAGCUGGCUCUGCAAGAGGAUCAGGUCCAUGAACAGAGCUCUGAGCUGCUUGAGCUGCAACGACUGCUGGAAGACACCCACCGCCAGCUGUUGUGUGGUCUUGAGCUUCCGGACACGGCUACUUUGUCAAACGCUGCCAAUCUUCCCAGCGGCAACAGCAAGUACCUUCGCCGACCUUUACACCGUCUACAUCCAGAGUUUCGUGCUUUGCAGGAUAUGUUCCUCAAGUCCAUGGUGAAACAUCGAGCCAGCCGGAAGUCAGAUGUCUGGUGCGAGCCACCGAAUGUGGAAAUAGCAGCCAUUGAGGAGGUCGCGAACAGCAACAUGCAAAGCCUUUACGAAGCAGCACGGGCAGGUGAGGUUCGGGAGAGAAACCCACAGGGAUGUGAAGCAAUUCAGGGUAUUUCUGCAUGGAAAUGUAGCAGUGGAAAGUCUGGCCAAGUGGACCUGAACGAGUACUUGCUUUUCCACGGCCGGAUUCGAUCCGCAAAUGAGUGGGGCAGCUGUAGGCUGAUGCUACAUGCCAACACUGCGAUCAUGCCCAUGGGAUGCGCCAAAUGA